UAGUCACCCGCCUCACUUGGUUUGAAACGGUCAUGUCGCCUCCUCACCUUUUACUCCUCUCGGCCAGUUAGUGACUGAGUCCUCUGUUCACUCACUGGUUUUACUGAACAUGUCUACUUAGUACUUUACUUAUCUGCCUGUAUGUGUGUGGGGGGUGUCAGUGAGUGCCCAGUUAUCGCCAGCUGUGCAGAAACUCGCUGACGACUACUUCAACUGGCGAAUGAUCAACAAGCCUGAGUUUGCUUCCUUUGUUGGCAUCCACGACUAUGACGACCAGCUGGACGACAUGUCUCUAGAAGCCUACCAGGGCCGCUACGACCAGUGCCAGGUGUUCCUCGACCAAGCUGAGGCUCUGGAGAGCAACAUCACCGACCAUGACGACCUGAUCAACAUUAGGGCCCUCAAGAACGAGCUGACCACCUACAUGGAUGGCUUCCCCUACCAAGGAUUCCUGGUGCCACUGUGUUAUAGCGAAGGAGUUCACAUAGACUUUGAACGCCUGAUUUCAUGGAUGGUGUUUGAGACAAGUCAGGACUAUGAGAAACUCUUGUCUCGCUAUGAGAAACUGCCCGAACAGUUGAUGCAAAUUCGAGAACUAAUGGAGACAGGCGUCGCCACUGGUAUUGUCAAUCAUGCCAUCUCUAUGAAAGAUGUCGUGGAGGGCUUGGGAAGGUUCGUGGUGGAGGCGGCAGAGGACUCACCGUUAUGGACGCGUUUCGCCACCUUUCCUGACAACUUCACUCAGGAAGAGGUCACCAACUUCCAGGAGCGAGCUAAGACCAUCAUCCUCGACCAGAUUUCUUCAGGGUUCCAGCAACUAAGUGACUACGUCAACACCGACUAUAUUACGCGUCCAGAUAUAGCAGUCACCAGCUUGCCCGACGGUGAGGCGCGGUACUCCCAGAUAAUCAAGUUCCACACGUCGACAGACUUGACUCCAGAGGAGAUACAUCAGAUGGGAUUGGACGAGGUGACCCGCAUCGAUGAGGAAAUGGCCAAGAUUGUCUCAGAAUUAGGCUUCAACAUGUCGGUGGCAGAGUUCUCAGACAUGAUAAGGAACGACCCCCAAUUUUACUACGACGACCCCGACGAACUGAUGGAGGGCUUUGAGGACCUUGAGUACAAUGUUAUCCCGCCUAAGCUUCCUGAAAUCUUCAUGAACAUUCCAAAGGCGAAGUUGACGGUUGUGGCUGACCCCUCACCUGAUGGUGCCGGAGCAUACUACCUGGCAGGGUCAUAUGACGGGUCCCGCCCUGGUAUCUUCUACGUCAACACCUACCAUUACGACGCUCAACCAAAAUACGAGAUGAUGACCUUGUCCUUGCAUGAGGGCAACCCAGGUCAUCACCUGCAGACGUCACACAGCAUCGAAGCCCCCAAUAUCCCUUACUUCAGGAGGGUAAUGGAAGACCGUAAUUACUGGCAGACGCCCUCUAGGUUCCCCAUGUACACUGCCUACGUAGAGGGCUGGGCCCUCUACUCCGAAAACCUGGGCUUUGAUAUGGACUUGUACGAGGAUCUUUACGUUAGGUAUGGCCACUACUCGGAUGAAAUCUUUCGUGCGGGUCGCCUAGUGGUAGAUACAGGUAUGCACGCCCUUGGUUGGACCCGUCAAGAGGCUAUCGACUUCUUGUUCCUCCAUACAGCCUUGACUCGUAUUGAUGUGGAGAAUGAGGUGGACCGGUACAUCACUUGGCCAGGGCAGGCGUUGGCCUACAAGGUUGGGCAACUCAAGCUGACAGAGUUGAGGCAGAAGGCCGCCAAUAAACUUGGUGACAAGUUUGUCAUUAAAAAGUUCCAUGACGUUGUGCUGGACUCUGUGGGACCUCUGGACCUGGUGGAGGACGAGGUGAAUGCCUGGAUUGAUGCUGGUGGAAAGUGACCAAAGAGACCAACAAUUUCCAGAAAUGCUUGAUGUGGCAAGUGUAAUAAAGUGUGAAAAGUUA